UAUUUUACUUAGCGCAUAGCCGAAAAUCGCCGUGAGUAUUCCAAAAUGUGCGGUGGCCUAUUUAGUAUGCGCUGAGUACACGUUGGGUUCGGUUGAAAAAUCGCUGAAAGUGCUUUUUCGGUACUUAAUCGUUGAAUUGGUGUUUAAAUAUGAAAAAAUAAAAUUAAAAUCAAUAUUCGACAUUGCGUGUGUGUAUCCAUAGAAUAUCUUCAACAACUCGAUGUGUGUGCGCGCGCUUGUGUCGGUUCCUUUGUGUCUCAUUAACGGCAGACACUACUAGUUCCCAUCUCACCAGAAAUAUUCAAACAAAUGUAGCAACAAGUAGUGUGUAAGAUUUUAAAAUAAACAAAAAAAAAAAAAAUUUACUCUCCAAAUCUGUGCGUGUGUGUGUGUGGGUGCGCUGUAUGCUGUAUUUUGAGUUAAUCUGCUCGCUGCUUGAGAUGAUAAAAGCUAGUUGCACAGCGUGAAUUUCAAAAACAGAUUGCAUGUUUCUUAGUAUAUAGCAACAAAGCCUAUGUGCAUACAGAUUUAUGUAUGUAAAUACUAUUGUUUUAGAAAACAACCGUUAGUUACGAUUUGUAGUGAAUAUGCGAUUGCUUAAUAUAUAAUCAAUCCAAAGCACAAGUUAAUAAAAAAGUGUAAAAGCGAGGAAAUAAAUAGACAUGUCGACUCGGCGUGCACAAUCCUUACCGCCGCAUAUGUUGGACCAAAAACCGACGCGCGGAAAAUGUAUAACGGCAAUUUGUUUCUCAUGGAAAGUAAUUUCCUGCGUGGUCUCGCACGUGAUUCUCGUGCUGAUGGUGGUCUCAUAUUGUGUUGGAGGCGCAUAUUUGUUUCAACAUCUGGAAAAACCACACGAAAUCGAAGUUAAAAAAGAUAUACAAAAUCUGCGUCUCAAUUUGACCGAUAAAAUUUGGCGUUUCUCCGACAAUGCUACAGUGCUAUCCGAAACUGUUUGGAUAGCCAAUGUAAAGAAGGAUUUGGCCAGUUUCGAAACACAAAUAGUGACGGCCAUAAAAACGAAUGGUUGGGAUGGUGAUGAGGACGUUACGAAGUCGCAAUGGACCUUUGCGGGUUCACUGUUUUACUCGAUCAUCGUUAUCACAACUAUAGGCUAUGGACACAUAUCACCACGUACGGAUUGGGGUAAAGUUACGACGAUUUUUUACGCUAUUGUGGGUAUACCACUCAUGCUGCUGUGCCUUUCCAAUAUCGGAGAUGUUAUGGCCACUUCUUUUAGGUUCAUAUAUUGGCGGGUCUGUUGUUAUGUUUGUACACGCGCCGCUCGACGUCCACGUCGACCACGACAACGCUCUGGACGCCGGCAACAGUAUAGCUCACGUUCACAGCCGCCACCAAUACGCCGCUCAAUGCGCCUCACUCAGCGUUCGAUGGCCGAUUCGGGUUUUGGCAACUCUGCAGGGCUACCACAUGCAUACUCAGAUCCGGAAUUGCGCACCGGACGUUAUGAGUAUGAAGGCGGACGUAAUAGCGGACGACGACAUCAUUACAACAGCAACUCACAACGCAGUCGACAGAUACCACCUUAUCAGUAUGAUCAGCAGUAUUACGAUGAAGGUCCACGGCAAGCGCAAACACUCAAUCGUGGUUCGAGAUUUGGGCGCAGCAUGCGUAACCGUGAAAGUGUACGCGGCCGACACACGGUUGAACGUGAGCGUUACAUAGCGCAUCCCAAACAGCGACAUGAUUCCUUUGAGGAUCUCAACGCGCCACAAUCGAAGCGUUCGUACAGCAUGCGAUCGGUGCGCGCGUCAAGCGCACGCCGCGAUGUUGGUCCGCCACCGCAAGCUAUGCGCCAUGACGCACGCGACGCACAUGAAUUACGCGAAGCGCCGCCACGCGAAUCGAGAGAAAUGCGCGAAAUCAAUAGAAUGAAUCCGCGUUCCCAGCAACGCGGUCGUUCAAUGUCGCAUGCGCCGCCGGCGGCACGCGCUAAAUCUGUAGAUCCACGCAUGCACUAUGACGACGCCGUCGAUGAGGAGGUCGUACGCAAGACACCCAUCAUACCCAAUCGUUAUGCAAUUGACGAACUCGAUCAUUAUCGCGACCACCAACGCGAGCCUCGCGGAAAACAUAUGCCACGCAGUCAGUCAAUGCCACGCUCUGCGCUACUAAAAAACAGUUACCAGAAAGAACAGCAGCGCAGCAACGGCGUUAGUUCGUAUCAUUCACAUCACAAUCAACCGCGUCACGCGUCUCCACAGCCACCACAUCGUCAGCACUCCGGACAUCACUCGCAAUAUGGUGAUCGCCUGGAAUUGCCUGAGUUCGCGCACUCUCGUAUGAAUCACACCAGACGCGGUCGCUCACCGGCACCCAUUGAUGAUUAUGACGAUGAAUUCGACGAUUACUAUUUAGAUGAUCGCGAUGUAUACUACGAUGAUUAUGACAAUCGCGAGAUGCCGUAUCAGUCGAGACACCGAGAUCGUCGAUAUAGAAGAGAGCGUACUGAACGCCUACCGCCUUCACCACGCAUCAUGUCUCCCAUGGGUUUUCCUGUAAAGCGUCAAGUACGUCCACGCUACAGCUGCGAUUACGAUGACGACUCCAACUAUGGUGACGAUUGGAGCGACUACUAUGGCGAUAUGUCGCCAAAAGAUCGCCCGGUGCCGAUCUGGCUUUGUGUAUUUCUGGUCAUCAGUUAUAUUUUGGGUGGCGCAGCACUUUUUGCUUACUGGGAGAAAUGGUCGUUUUUGGACUCUGCCUAUUUUUGUUUCAUAACAUUAACCACAAUCGGUUUUGGCGACUUCGUACCCGCAAAAGGUGUCAAAGACGAAUCGGAGCAGUCCAUCGCCUACUGUUCGCUAUAUUUACUCUUCGGCAUAGCUUUAUUGGCGAUGAGCUUCAAUCUGGUGCAAGAGGAAUUCAUCUCGAACGUGAAAGAGGUGGCGCGUCGUUUGGGCAUUUUAAAGGAUGAAGAAGACGAUGAUUAAAACCGUUCGAAUGAUAAGCGGGUCUACAAAAAUGAAUUUUUAUUAUUCUGCCAAAAGCUGUCAAUUCGGCAGCAUUCCUCAAAAUGAUGUGAGGAAUAUUUUUUACCGCUCGAAAAACAACAACAACGAUUUAAGUGUUACAGGGAUCUGUUUAUUUUUAUAUUUUCGAUUUCUUGUUUUUUUUAACAAAUCAGCAACAAAGGAUAUACAAGAAGCACGAGCAAAAUAUAUUUACACACGAAUGUCAUGUUGGAAAGUGAAGCAAUUUUAAAUUGUAUACAUUUUAAAAUAAGCAUAAACAAAGUAAGAAGAAGAGAACAACUAAAAUAAAUAUGUUUGAAUUGAAUUUUACAAAAAA